AUGUCUGACAAUCGCUCCACCAGAUCUGACAGCCUAGCGCUUGACGCGGGAACGGAAGUUCGUCAAGAAGAAGUAUCAUACGAUUCUAUUCUCGAUGAUGGUGUUCCCGGCAGCACCGCAACAGCCGGAGGUCCAAGUCAAGAGCAGUUGGAAAAUCCAUUCCAUCAAUUGCCCGAGGGAAGUGAUGAGCAGGAUGAAGAGCAAGUGCCAGAGCGCCGAUUCCCUUACGGCAUCACAAUAGCUUUCAGUGAUUACCAAAGUUUGCUGCCCGGGGACCGAUGCGUCAACCUCAUGACACCAGCGUCAACAGCCAACCUCACUUUGCAGGAAUGGACCGAGAAGAUUAAAGAGGAAGGAGGCAGGUCUGAGAUUGGCAGCCCGAUAAGCAUGGAAAAUGAAAUUCACACGAUGCUGAGUCCUGCAAACCAGGAGAGGCAGAACGCUAUCAUUGCUACCGUUCGUCGUGACCUGGAACGGGCUUAUGACACUGCCACAGCCGGAGGCCCAAGUCAACAGGAGCUGGAAAAUCCUUUUCGUCAACCACCCGAAGGAAGUGAUGAUGAUGAAAACGAAGAGCAAGUGCCAGAGCGCGAGUUUCCUGACGGCAUCACAUUCGCUAUCAGUGGAUACCAAAGUUUGAUGCCCGGAAACCCGAGGCUCCACCUCAGAACACCAGCGUCAAGAUCCAACCUCACUUUGCAGGAAUGGACCGAGAAGUUAGAGGAGGAAGGAGGCAUAAAUUGGCGCGAUGGCAGCUCGAGGAGUUUGGAAUUUGGAAUUGUCACGAUGCUGUAUCCUGCAAACCAGGAGAGGCAGAACACUAUCAUUGCUAUAGUUCGUCGUGACCUGGAACGGGCUUAUGAAGACGGAACUGAUUUCUUUGAUCACACUUCUGAAGAUCCCGAUAGUACUCAAAGCUAA